UCAGGAUAAUGAAAAACCAUUUUAAGGCUCACUGAAAUGGGAGAGGAAGCAGUGUCAUUCUACAAGAAGCUAUUGGGGACAGCAAAUCUAAACCGUCUUGCUCCCUUCGAUCCUACUAAAAAGAAGAAGAAGAAGAAGGUUGUUCUGCAGGAUCCUGUAGAUGAUUCUGCGGACAAGCUAGCUGAGACAGCUGAAUCAUUGUCAGUCUCUGAUGGACUUGAAAGCACUUUUACUGGCCUGAAAAAGAAGAAGAAGAAACCAGUAGAAACCAACAUAUUGAAUGAGGAAAUCGGAGAUGUGGCUGAUGAUUUGAAUGAUCAUCCUGGUGAAGAUGACGAAGGUGAAGUAGUUGCGCAGCAGCAGCACUAUCCCUGGGAAGGAAGUGAUCGUGAUUAUAUAUAUGAGGAGCUUCUUGGUCGGGUGUUUAACAUUCUGCGGGAGAAUAACCCAGAGCUUGCUGCAGAUAGGCGUAGAACUGUUAUGAGGCCUCCCCAAGUGCUUCGUGAGGGCACAAAGAAAACAGUUUUUGUGAACUUCAUGGAUCUUUGCAGGAUGUACGUUUAUAUCUUCUUUUUCCCCCAUAUUGUCUGCCUUGUUCUGCUUUUAAAGUAGUACUAUAACCUUGCAUUCUUUCGAGCAUCUUGUGUCUUGAUGUCCUUCAUACGGCACUUACAAUCCAAGAAGUGUCAUGUUUCCUGUAGUCCUGUUUGUUUUGAUUUCUUUCUUCAAAGGAUAUUUAAACCUUCUCCCCCUGUCUAACUAUUCCUUUUUGUCCUGUAAAACUUUUUAGCAUGCAUCGACAACCAGACCAUGUUAUGGCUUUCUUGCUUGCUGAGCUGGGGACUAGUGGUUCUCUUGAUGGACAACAAAGGUUGGUUGUGAAAGGCAGGUUUGCACCCAAGAAUUUUGAAUGGAUUUUGCGUCGUUAUAUCAGUGAUUAUGUGAUUUGCCCUGGUUGCAAAAGUCCAGACACAAUACUCAUGAAAGAGAAUCGUCUCUUCUUUCUCAGAUGUGAGAAGUGUGGCUCUGGACGAUCAGUUGCUCCAAUUAAAGCUGGUUUUGUUGCCCGUGUUGGCCGCAGGAAUACUGGCACAUGAGACUUUACUUUUUCUUGACCAUGUUGAGGAGCUUUUAGAUGAUCCCCUAUGUCUAAUAUAAUAUAAUUUGCCUUGAAAUUUUGAUUAGUGGUUAAUAUGGAUGUGAAAUAGGGAUAUGCAGUUUGAGGGGUGUCUGCAAUGGAUUUUUUUUUUUUUUAAAUUGAAUUGUUACAUAGAUUCAAUAUUCAGUUUAUCAAUUGU